AUGAUUCUGCUUGAAUUACCCAAGUUAACGAUAUUGCGAAUCAAUGAGUGUGAUCUUUUGAAACAUGUUUUCACAAGCUCCACACUUAAGAGCCUCAAGCAACUGGAAGAGUUGACAGUAGAAGAUUGUAAGACAAUGAAAGUAAUUGUCAAGGAAGAUGACUUGAAGGAAAAUGAAGAGCACACAACAUCUGAGGUUGUCGUCUUUCCCCAGCUAAAGUCGCUCACAUUAAUUGAUUUACCAAGUGUUGAAGGUUUCUUCUUGGGGAUGAAUGAGUUUCAAUGGCCACAGUUGGAAAAUGUUCAGAUCUUUGGCUGCCCACAAAUGAUGGUUUUUACAUCUGGUCAGUCAAUUACCCCAAAGCUCAACUACAUGCAUACUGGAUUGGGAAGACAUAGUCUUGAAUGUGGCCUCAACUUUCAGUUGACCAAUGAAUCAAAUGAGCUACUUCAAUACCCACGGUCAUUUUCAAACUUAGUUGAAGUAGAUACAAAGUUGUACCCCCAAUCGUUAGAGAGUCGCAUAUUUUUUCCACACAGCGAGUUGCAUAAACUUCAAAAUCUCGAAAAGCUCAACAUCAUUUCCUCCAGGUACUCUUCUCCGCAAAUCUUGAUCUUGACGGAGCAGGUAUUUGAAGAGACAAAUAAUAAUAGUAAUGAAGCACAAUCUGUUUUACUGUUUCCAAAGCUAAAAGAAGUGACAUUGGAAAGACUUCAAAGGGUGAAACAUAUAUGGAAAAGCAAUCGGAGGAUAGUUUUGAACUUUCCAAACCUUACAAAAGUGUCCAUUGAUAAUUGUCCACUUCUUGGAAAUGCUUUCACUAGUUGCAUGAUUGGCAGUCUAUCGCAGCUCCAAGAGCUACGCAUAAGUGAUUGCAAAAACAUGGAGGUAAUUGUCAAGCAAGUGGAAGAAGAUUCUGAUACUAGAGCAAAUGAGGUCGUUACGUUCCCUUGUCUAAAAUCUAUAGCACUUUUAUCGCUUGAAAAUCUCAAGGGAUUUUAUUUGGGAUUGGAGGGUUUUGAUUGGCCAUCUUUAGAUACUUUGAAAAUUAAAGGCUGUCCACAAAUAAUGGUUUUCACAAGUGGACAAUCGACUACUCGAGAGCUAAAGAUGAUAGACACAUCUUUUGGAUUGUGUUAUGCAACAGAAGAUCCAACCGGAUUGUGUUAUGCAACAGAAGAUCCAACCUCAUUUAUCAAGACCAAACAACAAGAGUUUAAUGGGACGAACCAGUUGGUGAAAUCAGGAAGAGAAACAAAGCAGUUUGGAAGUUAUCGGAUCAGUUUGAUCAUGUGUUUUCGGACAGGAGCAGGAGGUUUUGACGCGUGUGAUAUCUCAGACCCAAAGUUGAAUUUGGCGGGUGGCUCGUGA